AUGUUAGCUGGCGUCAAUGGACCUUAUCUAGAUGCAUCGGUGGACGACUUGACGGCGGCAAAUGGACGAUCCUCGCGCACAGGCCCGCAUCGCUGGGUGGUGGUAGGGUUAGUUAACGCUCCUAAUGAAAGUGUGACACUUUCCGGAACGCACGCAAAUGCGUUUAAUACGCAAAACGGCCUAACAAAAAUCAACUACAGCGAUGUCAACUUCCCUGAGGACCGCAUUUGGACACGCAUACCCGACUGGGAUAUAACACUCAAGAUCAGCACAUUUGUCCCGGUAAUCAUAUUCGGUUUCUAUGGCAAUUUUGUCAUACUCCAGCUAAUCGUGCUCAAUCGGGCGCUACGCACACCGACCAAUAUGCUUGUGGUCAAUAUGGCAAUAGCCGAUAUGGUGACGCUACUGAUUUGUCCAGUUAUGUUUAUGAUAAAUGACUUCUACCAGAACUAUCAAUUGGGUUCUUUUGGUUGUAAAACGGAAGGAUUCUUGGAUGUGGCCUUUCUCAUUACAGCCGUUUUGAAUCUAUCGGCUGUAAGUUAUGAUCGUCUAACAGCAAUCGUUUUGCCGACGGAAACGCGCUUAACAAUGCGUGGUGUGAAAUUUGUGAUUGCCUUCACAUGGUUGGGUGGUUUUUUAAUUGCCAUGCCAUUAGCCAUAUAUAGAACGUAUAAGGUACGACAGUGGAAGAACUUUAGGGAGAUGUAUUGUAAGGAGAAUACGGACAUUUUACCCAAAUAUUGGUAUGUCUUAAUUACGGUUAUGGUGUGGUUUCCGCUCAGCGUAAUGCUGAUCUGCUACUCAGCGAUCUUUUAUAAGCUCGAUCGCUAUGAGAAACGUGUGCUCAAUCGCGAGCAUCCACUCAGCGUAUCCUAUAAGAAAAAAGUGGCGAAAACGCUAUUCAUUGUGGUGGUCGUUUUCAUUGCGCUACGGCUACCUUUCACAAUAUUGGUUAUUUUACGUGAUCAGUACAUAACCAAUCAGGAUAGCUCUAUAAAUAAUAGUUUUCGUACUUUCUGGUAUAUAUCGCAGUUUUUGAUGUUUUUGAAUUCAGCAGUAAAUCCACUCAUCUACGGUUUUAAUAAUGACAACUUUAGACGCGCUUACGACCAGACGCCAUUGUGCAAUUGUUGUAAACGGAAUCAAAACAAAAUUGAGUCGAACAAAACUUCCAGUGACAAGAGUUGCCUUAGCUUUUUAAAAAAUUCCUUCAAUCAGAUUUGUUGCUGUCUUUGCCUGCGAAGCAAAAAACGAUUUUCUUUUUCUGAAAAUCAGCAUGCACAGAAAGCAGCGGUGCUGCGUAGCGUAGCCAAUGGAACAUCGGAGCCGCAUAUGCUGGCAAAAGAAACGAAUUUGACGAAUGCACUAACAACAUAUAAUCGCUUCGACAACGAGGGCUGCCAUAAUCAAGUUUUGAGUGAUGAUUUUAUAUGAUUUGUCUGGCAAAUAUGUAUGAGCGCUUGCUUAAAUUCAUAAUGUUUGGUUUUAAUAAAUGUUAUUGUUGUUUUAAAUGGCAAACAAAAAAUUUUGCAAUGGUGCUGUUUGAGCUACACCCGUUCACUAUUCUCAUUCGAUUCCUAUAUCAGAUGACGAAACUCUCGCUGAGUAUUAAAAACACAAAUAUUAAUCAUUUUUAUUUUGCAUACAAUAUUUUUAAAUUGAAUAUUUAUUUUUAUUUAGUGGAUUUUUUUUUAAUAAUUUUUAAUAUUUGCUAUUAAAUAACUAAACAAUUACAUUAUCUCGUGGAUUUUUGAGAUUUUUUUCGUUGAUGGUGGGUACUUUGUAUGGAAGAAAAAGCAUGGAUAUUCAGUGGAAAAAUAAAAUUCUAAAAUCAACGGUAGUUUGUAGUCACCUGAAACUUACACUCUGUUAUACUAAAAUUCAAAUUCUAAAAAUUAUAGUCAUAAAAUUUAAAGUUUCCAUGAAAUUUCAAAAAAAUAAUGUAAAAAUGUUGUUUGUUUAAAACUUUUCGUUGCAUGCUUUUUGUUUUAGUACGAAAUAUGUUUUUAUAAAAAAUAGUGGCGAACUUAUAAUUUUGCAACGGAGUGUAUAUAAGAAGAAAUCGUAGGGGACGAAAUAAUAGUGGGCCAGGCAAGAAUACAGGCUUACAGCGAAAAUAAUAGAAUAUUUUCAUUUUUUUUUUAAUUAAACUUGAACUUACACUUACGGACAAAUUAAAAGAAUCACCAUAUUUUGAACAGCUUUGACUACUUUUUUUUAAUUUUCAUUUAUUUUUUCUAUAAAAAUAUAGCUCAUUCUGC